AGUCUUUCAACUGUAUAGAUUGUAAAUCUGUUGAUAUACUCUGUCUUCCUAUAUUAUGUACAUCUUCCAUAGAUGUAUGCUGCUCGGUUUCUUUUUUAACUGAUGCAUCCUUCUCUUGAGUAUCAGACAUCACCCCUUUGUUAUUUGCAACCUUCUCUACCGAUGAAUUAUUUUUACCUCCAAAAUCUUCAAGUUUUUCUCCACUGUCUAAUUCCGUUUUAGGGACGUCAAGCUUCUUCGGACUAUCAGGCUUGCUUGUAGGUUCUUCUUUUCCGCCGACGGCAUGAUCCGUCGCACUACUUUCUUCAUUCAAGGAUGGUGUUGUUUCUUCUUUGUUUUUUGUCUCAUCCGCUGCUUCAAUAUCUACCAUAAGUGCAGAGCCCUUCGAUUUUUUCUUAAUGCCUCGCUGACCUGGUGACAUUUUCCUACGACGACGGCCACGUGUUUUCGUUUUACUAGCAGCCAUCUCACGAUAAUUGUUUUUCUUCUUUGUUAAAUAAUAAUGUAAAACGCAUUCUUUUACACUUUUACCAGGAACGACCUCUGCUAUUUUUCCAAACCUCUUUCCAUGAAGCAAUAGUUGCUGUACAAAUAUAGAAUGCUGCUCUUCUGUCCAAAUGUCAGCAGGAGAGUUGAAGUGAUAAUAAUCCAAGGGAUUUUUGACGAGUCUACUUUGGUCGUUAAAAAACGCUGACUUCACAUCGUCUUCACUUAAAACCAUGUUUGGAAUAUGAGCUAGCCCGGAAUUCUUAGCAGUAUUUUCGGCCUCUUUUUCUUGUUGUUCCAAACGAGCGAGGAUUGCAAGAAAUUCUUCUUCGGAGUGAACGAUGUCUCCUGCAGUGAAAUUACUCAUGACCUUACGAGUACUCCUCUUCACAGAAGGUUCCAUUCUCUUAGAGCCUUUCAUUUUAUCAAGCUCUGUAAAGCGAUCAAUACGAAGCAUAUUUUCUUCCCAUCUAUUUGCUAACUGAUUCCAUGUACCUCUGAGGUGCUUAACUUUUUCAUCAAGUGCUUUUCGUCGACUGCGUAAGACGUUUACAAAUACGUGUUUGUGCUCAUGAAAUUUUUCCUCAUUUUUUUCAUAAAAAUUGUAAUCUUUAACCUUUCUAUAAACACUUGUUGGCUCUCCUCCGUACACGUUCUCAAUGUAUAACGACUGCAGAGCUUUCGUAUCGGCAUUAUCAUCUAACACAUACGUUAGUCGUUCGGAAUUCGUAGGAGAUUGUGUUACAGAAGUGUUCGUUUCUGAUUCCUCAUCUUUUCCGUGCUCGUAAGACUCAGCUACUGGUAAUGGCUCCGAAGGACGGUCGGAGGUAUUCUGUGACAACCUUGUAGAGCCAAUUGCCUCUGGAGUAGUUGAACCCAUAUAAAAUAAUAUGUAUUACUUUAUUUACAAAUGCUUGGUCUCAAAAAAGAGUCCAAUUUCCCAAAUUCUUUUACAUUGACUGAAUUGGGAUGUUGGUGCGUUGAGUGAGAGGCAUCCAGCAUGAACCAAAAUCGAUAUAUUUAGGAAAAGACGUAUUGUGAUAGCAAGGUUAUUAAUUACCGUAUAGAAGAGAAUUACGCUUAAAAAAUUCAAUUUAGUUUGUCUACUGUGGUUUCUUAUUGAGUUGGUCCUUUCAGCUAUACAAGAAGUUGUUCCCGGCUAUGAACAUCAAUACCUGAAUAGUAUAAUUUACUCUCUCAACUAUAUAUUUAAUACAAAUUUUAGAUAUAAACCAGAGGUGAAACGAAAAAAGGGGAAGGAAGACGUUUUACCAAAAAAAAAAGAAUAGUUGUAACCAAAUGAAUUAAUUAAUCAAAACAAGAUAUAAGAAAACCCCACUAUUUCCAAGAUUGGUCCCAGUUUUCUAACCAUUUUGUAUACCACGCAGUGAAAGAAUCAGAUUCGAAUUCGGUAAUACAAGUCUGAGCAAGUUCUUUUCCACAAAAAGCAAAUAAGUCUAACUCAUCUUUGGUAUUAUCAAAGUCUUCUUGAAAUUGCCCGACCACUUCGUCUAUUGCUUCUGAAGUGCGCUUCAUUUUCUCGUACAAAUCGUCCAAGUAAUGGAAAGAAGCCGUUUUCGGUAGCCUGUGCUUCUUUAUAGAGAGAAACAAGAUUUUGCAUGCAUUUAACUGUCUUAACAAUUGUUUUGCUGAUUCAGCUUGUUCUUGAGUCCGUACUUCAGAAGUUGUGUUUUCUUUUUCCUCUUCUUCAUCUUCAUCCUCGCUAUCAAAGUUAUCCCAAUUGGAACUUUCUCCUGCUUUCCAGUCCUCCAUGUCACUCACGGCGUCUUCCAACAUUGAUACAAAGUUUUCCCAUUCCUCAAGUACAUAACCCAAGGCACCUUCUCUUCCUAGUUUUUGGAGCUUUUCGCAUGAUUCCCACAACAUUCCAGUAGUAACUAAACGCCCCCGAGUUUUCCAAGCCUCUGUAACGUGUGCCAAAGGUUUCGGUGAAACACUUCUCAGCAAGCAUUCUAUUCCCAGUAAAAUUCGUUCUACAUGCAUUUUUAGACGGUCAUAAAUAAUUUUUCCAUAUUUAUCAACAGUAUAUAUCUGAAGAGUAGCAAUUAAAGGAGAAACCAUGUUAGACAUAUCAUUUGAGUAUUUUUCCAACGCAUCUUUGGUGAUCGGGGGUCUCGCUGCAAUCGAGAGCUUUGUUGUAUAUUGAUGAAUCAUCUCUCCUAUAGAAUCGAGCAUAGAAAGCGGACUAUUAUCGAGUUCAACGGGCAAAUUCAACUUGUCUAUGGUGCUGACCGCUUUUCGAGCGUUUACCACAAUUCCCAAUACUUUGUUGAGUGAUUCAACAAUUUCAUCUUUUUUUUUUUUGUUAGUAUAGUUAUUUUCACUUUCUCUUACCAUCUAUGCCAUUGUCCGUCAUUGUCGUCCUAUUUACUGUUUUGUUAAAAGCAAAUCAAUUGCCUGACUGUCUACAGAGAUGCUCCCAGCGAACUAACAGGUUCUAUGUUUGAAACAAAACAAAAGAAUAGCAGGUUAAUAAGAUAAAGGAGAAUUAAAAAGAAAAGAAGCAAUCUGGCAUUCAUAAUUUUAUUUAUGCAUAUAUCUUGUUUUUCAAGACACCAUUGUUUACAGAUACGAUUUGGAGGCGGAGCGAAACCAAACCAUUGCAAAACCAAGUCAACAUUAUUAAAUCGUCUCUUACUUAGAUUAUUUUUCAGACACGACUAGAUACAAGAUAACCGGAUCUAACCUGGAACGCUUAAGUACGAUCGCUAACGCCUUUCAAAGUAUCCAUUCACCUCCAGCGGCACUCCAGGUGAGAAUAGAAAAUGACUGCUACGAAGGAAGAAUCUCAAAAGAUUUUAACGACAUUACGCUCUCAAAGAGAUAAUAAAGUUUGCUUUGAUUGUGGAGCAAAGAAUCCGACAUGGAGUUCUACAACAUUUGGUGUUUACUUAUGUCUUGAUUGUAGUGCAUCACAUAGAAAUAUGGGCGUGCAUAUCUCGUUUGUAAGAUCAACAGUAUUAGAUUCCUGGACAUAUGCACAGCUUCGAGUUAUGCGUGUAGGUGGCAACGAGAACGCACGCAGUUUCUUUAAGCGUCAUGGCGGUGUUUCUCUUCUAAAUUCCAAAGAUUCAAUGAUUAAAUACUCUUCAAAGACUGCCAAAUCAUACCGGAAAGAGUUAGAACGUCUCGCUGCUGAAGAUGAAGAAUUAAAUCCAAAUAUCGUUGACAUGAGUUCCAUUGGCGGUGCCUCCGAAACCAAUGGUUCUUCUGGAAAAAAUGAAGAUGACGAGGACGAUUUCUUUUCUGCAUGGGAUAAGCCUUCUGUCAAAAAAGUUGAUUCUGAAGUGUCAUCGCCGGAUCCUGCUGCAUCCUUGUCUUCACCCAUGCGGAACGAUGUAACUCCUGCUUCUUCAGAUCAUAUUAGUAAAGAAGAUCUUUUGGUGGAUUCUUCCAUUCCAUCUUCUGUUUCUUCACUCUCUUCUUCAAAUACGACUGUUCAAAAUGCGGAUUUAAAACCGAAGCCAUCAAGGACUUCCUCUUCUACCUCUAAACCUAUGCGCACCACACGUCCCGUUAUGUCGAAAACAAGUUCUUCGUCUACGACUCGUUCUGCAAGGCCUCAAUUAGGUAUCAAGAAGGUAAAUGCAGAUAUUGAUUUUGACGAAUUUGAAAAAUCGAUUUUGUCUGGCAGUUCUGAUAAAGCAAAUGGUAAAAAUACAGCUGCGCAACAAACGACUGUUGGGCCUUCUCCAAGCUCAGUAGUCUCUGAGACAUCUUCCGCGCCAGAUGAAAGCGAAAAGGUUCACGAAGUAAAGAAGGAGACUGUUGUUCAACCUAAAACCACAAAGAAUGAAAAGCCUAAGGAAAUUAUGUCCGAUUUAGAUUCAAGCUUUUCCCGCUUAGGAUUUGGUCAAUUUGCAGCUGCUUCCAAUGCUCGAGUAAAAGCAGCUGCGAAGUCUCGUGAAAUCAAGAAGAAGGAGUUAAAUGCUCCCACCUUUGCGCGUGAUAAAUUUUCAGGCCAAAAGGCUAUUUCAUCUGAUCAGUACUUUGGACGUGGAUCAUAUAAUGCCGAAGCCGCUGCGGAGGCUCAAGAACGAUUGGCUUCGUUCCGUGGUGCCACUUCCAUUUCUUCAAAGUCAUACUUUGGCCAAGAAGAUGAUGAAGAAGAAGAAUUUGAAAAAGCCCCGAAAUCCGAUGACUAUUUUCGAAACCUUGCAGAAACCGCCUCUGAGGACGUUGAAGCUUUGAGAGACGCCUUUCAGCAGGGAGCUGAAAAAUUUACGGACUUUCUUCAAAAGUUUGGCUCACGAUACAAUUUUUAAUCUUGUUUAAUUAUUUUCCCAAAAAGGAUAAUUAGUCUUUUUAUAUCCAGAAAUGAAUCAUCAUUUCCUAGCUUCGGUAUUCUGUUUUGUAAUUUAGAGAACUUCUUGCUCUUUGACUUUUUGUUAUACCCGAUAAGCUGUCUUUUAAUACUCAUUACAAAGCCGUUUUGCUUCAUUCGGGAAUAUAUCACAUAUUUCCUCCACUUGAGAUUGAAGCCCUUAGAUGUUCGCACUCUUUUAGUCUAUGCUAUACAUUUACCUACUGUGCAUAUAUUCAACAGGACAGGAGGUUGAAAGCUCGAUUUUAUUGAUAAAAGUUUCGGUUAUGAAAAUAUAUGAAGCUCUUCUUCCUCAGUUUAGCAUUUGCUGCACGACUACAUCUUUUUUUAUUCAGAUUUGUGAAUUUAACCAUCGCGGGUUGAUUUUGAACCAAACUGCUGAAACCUCAAUUUAAAUUUUACAUUAUCGUAAUUUCUCACAAGUGUCAAGAUAGAUUUUAGUUUUUGGGAUGUUUCACUGUCGCACGCUUGAAAUUUAUCUGAUCGUUGAAUACAAAUUUUUUAUGUUCAAAAGUAAAAGUAUUUUUGGAUAAGCU